AUGCUUCGGCUAGCGUACCUGGCGUGUCUGUAUCUGUGGUACGAUUUUUGCAGCUGGACCAACAUCAAGCAUCGGGCGUCGCAGGGGCAGACAUGCGUGGGCGAAUUGAGUGGCGAACAUACCCGCGUGGACGAAGAAGACCAUGGCGCAUCAGCACAAGCUUCGCUGGCGUCAGCUCUCCCGGCAGACCUUGUCAAGCGGAAGCGCCAGGGCCAGUACCGCACACACGGCACCACCGGUAGUAGCCGACACGCCGGGGCGAAAAGAAAUAGCGCGUCGCCGUUCGAGGUCUGUCCCUCUCCGGCAGGGCAAGACAGCAUGGGCUCACCGUUCACGGAUGCCGGUGGCAAUUCGGAAGACCUCAGGAGGACCCUCAAAAGGAGCGCCAUUUGGGAGAAGGUGACGCCGUUGACGGUCCUGACGUCGGUGGUGUCGGACCUGGACCUCUUCGCGGACUGGUACUUCCUGCAGGAAGGGCUGGAAGACGCGCAGGAGCUCGUCGCUGACGUCGCGUUCGUGCUCACCGUCGUCGGCACCGUCAUGUACGUCCUGCUCACGCUGGAGUUUCACCCCGUCAGCGAAGCGUGGACGUGGUGCCGAAGGGGUAGGGCCCUCAGCCCUCUGCAGCACGUCCCCCUGGGCUGGCAGCUGCUACUGAACGUGGUCGUCGAAGACAUCCCGCAGCUCGUGAUCACCUGGGUGACCUCUCCGACGUCGGUGGCCGGCGUGCUGAACAUCGCCACGGCUGGGUUCGCGCUGCUGGCCAAGAUGGCGGAGGGGUUCGCGACCCGGACGGAUCUGCCCAUGUCGUCGCAGCUGCGCAUGAUAGACACGGACCCCGGGGUUGUGCAGCACCUGCUGAACGCCCGACACAAGGCCGAGGAGCUGGCUGCCAACGCGGCUAGUCUCGCAGUCCUCGUGAACAGGUUUGGGGCGGAGAAUGCCGCAAUGCCUACCGAGAGAAAUUCCAAGCGUCUCCUGGCAACCGCCUUCCAAGUCAUGCAAGUGGACCCCGGCUUCUUGAACGGAGAGUUGGGCUACAUUCGAGAGAAACUGGAAGUUUCAAGGUUGAACCUCGGGCGUUUUGGACUGAAAGGAUCGCUCCCACCUUCGCUAGGAGACGUGCUGCAGCUAACAGAGUUAGACCUCAAUGGAAACGCACUCGGGGGAGUCAUCCCGGGGAGUUUCGGGGACCUCACCGCCUUGACCACGCUCAACCUCGGGGGCAACAGACUGGUCGGUCAUAUACCUCCGGAGCUGGGCGGCCUCCGAGAGCUGCGGGAGCUGAACCUUCAAGACAACGAGCUUACGGGCACCAUCCCUGCCGCGCUUGGGAACCUGAGCAAGCUUGAGCGGCUCUACUUGGAUCGCAACAAGCUGGGUGGCGCGCUCCCCCGGGAACUGGGAACACUCCGCGCCCUUCGGGUGCUCUACCUCGGCGGCAACCUUGUCACAGGAGAGAUCCCCCAGGAGCUGGCGGCACUCACCGAUUUGCAGCAACUAAAUCUCGCGACGGGUCAGCUGCGAGGGGUGGAGGACGAAGAGAGGCUUGGGCAGCUAUUCCCGAACUGCGAAAUAUCAGUAGCGAGCUGGACGAACGAGUGGGGAUAG